AUGUCAAAACUUUCUCGGACUUAUGCGAAACAAUCAGUUUAUAAUUCACAUAUCACGACACAAUCUAUUUUUAUAUCUGGUGCUACUGGUUAUAUUGCUCAACAUAUUAUCCUUCAAUUGUUAGCUAGAGGUGAUAAAGUGGUUGGACAAGUUAGACUGGCUGCCAAAGGUGAUUCUUUUGUAAAGGAUUUCAACAAUAAGAACUUUUCUUAUGAAAUUGUUAAAGUUUUAGAACAAGAAGGGGCUUUCGAUGAUGUCUUGGCUAAACAUCCUGAAGUCACUGUUUUCAUUCAUACUGCUUCUCCUGUGAAUUUUGAUAUUGAAGAUAAUGAAAGAGAUAUUUUAAUUCCAGCUAUUAAAGGUACUAAGAAUGUACUUGCUUCGAUUAAGAAAUCAACUCCUCAAAUUAAGAGAGUUGUCGUCACCAGUUCUGUUGUUGCCGCUGCUACCCACUCUGAAUUGGAAGAUCCAAAAUAUGUUGGUGGUGAAGACAGUUGGUUGCCGACUACUUAUGAAGAAGGUAAGUCUGCUGAUGCCCAAAGUGCUUAUGCUACAUCAAAGAAAUAUGCUGAAUUAGCUGCUUGGGAGUUCGUUAAGGAAGAAAAACCCAACUUUAUUUUAUCAUCCGUUUUACCAGGUUAUGUGUUUGGUCCUCAAGCUUUUGAAUCAGGACUUGAAAACUUGAACCUUACAGCUGCUGUUGUUGCCAAUGCUUUGCAAUUAAAGAAAGACGAUGAAGUUCCUAUUUUUGGUGGUGUCAGUGUCGAUGUUCGUGAUAUUGCUUUAGCUCACAUCUAUGCUUUCGAUAAAGAGGAAACUGCAGGUAAGAGAUUAGUUGGUUAUAAUAAUAGAUUCUUGUUUCAACAAGUUGUCGAUGUUAUUAGAAAAAACUUCAAAGAUUUAACUGAUGUUUUACCUGUUGGUAAUCCAAUUGCACCUGAUCACUUUGAUACUUAUAAUCCAUUUGUUGAUGUUGAAUCAAGAAAAGCUUUAGGAAUUGAUUAUAUUCCAUUUGAAAAGACUAUUGUUGAACAUAUUACUCAAAUUUUAGACCAUCAGAAGAAGUAA